CCAGUUUAAUAGCUCUUGUUAUUAAGUCAUUUAUUUGCAUAUCCAUACAUGAAUUUAAACAUUGCACGCCUAGAGACUGUGUAAUCGAGUCUUGUAGAAAGCAGACUACUAUCACAGAGUAAAAUUAAUUUGUUCAUCUUCUGCUGUAAAAUAUCAUCUGUAGACGCCGAUACAAGUAAUUCAAAGUACAGUUAUUCAAGCAAAUAACACGAGAGAACAAUGGCGUCUUCUUCCGGUAAUUUCACAAUGCCCCGCAAAAACUUUGAGAGAAUUCAGCGCCAUUUCGACUACAUUCUUGAGAGAGUGUUCAAUCCCGACGACUUGAUCACCGCCUUAUUCUGUAAAGGAGUUCUUGAUAUCGACCAAAAAACGCAUAUACUGAAUAUAGAGACUGGUAAACCGAGAGUUAAAAAGCUAUUGGACAUCCUAAUGACAGAAUGUGGAGAUUGUUAUCAGCUAUUUCUAGAGGCUUUAAGAGAAAAGGGUUUUGGACCCAUAGCAGAUACAUUAGGUGAACAAACCCCUUCAUAUAUCAGAGUAGCGCUCAUUGGCAGGACCGGAGUUGGUAAAAGUCGCUUGGGAAAUUUACUUCUACAUAGAGAUUGUUUUAAGUGCAGUAAUUCGAUGCAUUCGUGUACAUCAGUUUGUUCAAAUGGAGAACGAGCGUUAGAUGCAGAUACUAACUUGACCGUCAUGGACACUCCCGGCGUAUUUGACACAAGAGAUAACAAUACAGAAACUGUUAAAAAGUUCCUUUCCAUAUUUAAAUUUACUGGUAUUCACAUAUUUUUAAUGGUUGUCAGAAUUGAUGUGAGGUUCACAGAAGAGGAAGAAAAUGCCCUGCGGUCUCUGUGCGACGUGUUUGGUGAAGACAUAAAUGACCAUCUUAUUGUCAUAAUGAAUAACCAGGGCCGGGGGAUUAAAUCCAAAAAAAAAUUGCUUCCAGAAUUACCGACGUCAUUAAAAGAUAUUUUAGAACGUUGUGAACACAGAUGUGUUGUUGUAAAUUAUGUUAAUGAUGACAUGGUCGAUGGCAACCCAGAAAUCGAAGAUAUUAUAAACACUAUUAAAACAACAGUUACUAAAAACAAAGGACGCUCCUAUACACAUCAAAUGUUCAAGGAAGCUGAAAAAGCAUACACUGAGACACUAAAAAAACAAACAUGUGAUUUAGAGAAGAGAAUUAGACAACUCGAGUGUGAAAAUAAUCAGUUGAAAAAAUCUAGUGUACAAAAUAUAACUCUUGUCCAACAGAAUCCAAAACCUGAACGAGUAAAAACUAAAUACCAAACAGAUGCCGAAAAUUUACUCCGUGAUGCCACAAGUAAGCAGUUUGUAGAGACAAAGGCCUUUGAAGGAGGGAAACGUAUUUUGGAAGAAAAUUUUAUCUUGGGUAUAAUUGGCGCUGUAGGAGAUGGUAAAACAGUAUUAUGUCGGAUGAUCGCCAGUUCGUUCUUGAAGACCCAUAAAUAUUUUAUUCCAUUGGAAAUAGGACACCCAAGGGACAUGGAUUCCAUAACUUUCACAGAUGAGGAUAGCUACCUCUUGAUCAUCGAUGACAUUUUUGGUAUUUGGUCACGUAAAAUAAAAAAACAAAUGCUAGAAUGGCCAAAACAUUUUGAGUCAUUUUUCUUAGAAAAACAAAAACGCAACUCGGCAAUAAUCUAUGUUAUGAGAAAUGAUGUCUAUCAGGCUUGUCAGCAUGUUCUUUGGAAAUAUGAAAUAUUCGCUAUGUCAUAUCAAUUACAGCUUCAUGGAACACAAUUCCUGUUGUCAAAAGAUGAAAGAGAAGAUAUUUUGCGAUACCAUUUCAGAAACUGUUCCGAAAAACAGCUGGAGAAGAUGCUGGAACAAAGUUCAGGAUGCUUUGGUUUUCCAGGUAUUGUCAGUCUUUGUAGUAAAAUCAGGACAGUAAAUCCACUUAGGGUGUUGAAUGGUCUAUUUGAAUUUUUGCGCAGGGAAUACGAUAUUUUCUGGAAUGAAGAUAGAAUUAAGUAUAUGGCUCUAUUUGUUAUAUUUAGUCCACACCCUAUCUCUGAGGACGAAAUCCGACAAAAGACUAAUCACUUAAUACAAAAUCAGAUACAACAAGAAAUGGGGAAUAUGGGUGGUGUAGAAGAUAUUCUGGAUUCAUGCAAACAUUUAACUGGUUCUUACGUUUUAUGUGAUGAGAAUCGCAUGUUUUUACCAGAAAAGGUGAUCAGAUGCUUUCUGCUUCAUGUCUCUCAACGAUUUAUGAAACUGGCGAUAAAAUACUGUCCUUUUGAUCUCUUAAUAGAUCACGUUUCAACCGUACCAGGUGAUCAAAGGGUUUUUAUACAGCCACGUUUUUAUGUUGAUCUAUAUGAAAGAUUCUCCCGUGAGUUACAGGAGGGAAAUGAAGCGGUGUUAUUCCACCAAGCAUUUCUUGACAGUAAUUUUUUGCAUGAAUUUCUUAAUCGAGACAGUGCUGAGGUGCUGCUAAACCCCGAGCUGAAGAUGCAACUUGGUGUUGGUUCAAUCGAUGAAGGACAUUUUCUACACUAUGUAUGCUUAUUUGGAUAUUUAAACGAGCUGCAAAUAGUUUUCUCAUACUACAGCAAAACUACUGCCAAUUUUUCUGGCAUAAAAACAAAGCUUGGGUUCGAUUUACUAAGCCUUGCCGCUAAAUCCGAGAAAGAAGUAAAAGAUAAAAUAAACUAUUUACGUGAUCAGAAAUAUGUCAUGGAACGCCAGAGUAAAGCCGACAUUCAACGACUUAUUCGUGCAGCAGUCCAAUCAAACAGUUUGGACACUUUGAAACAUGUUAGUUCUUUUACAGAUAUAGACUUUACCUCUGUGGAUCUUAACCAGCGUACAUAUUUACACUAUGCCUGUGAUUCGGAUUAUGACAUCCCAGAAAUCGUCAAACAUAUCGUUGCAAAGGGCGCGAAUAUCAAUGCUGAGGAUGAAGAUGGUCGCACUCCCCUAAUUCUAGCCAUUCAACGAGGAAAGACCUUGACAAUAAAUUGUCUCAUAAAACUGAAAUCUUCUGUUAAAGUGGCUGACAAAGACGAAAAAUUACCCAUUCACGUAGCUGCCAACUCCAAUGCUGGUCGUUUGGAUAUUGAUACAUCUGCCAUAAUACAACUGUUGGUGGAAGCUGGAUCACCUGUUAAUGCUAAAGAUGCGUACGGUAGAACACCACUGACGGAAGCCCGCGCUAAAUGUGACAAAAAGAUGGUUGAUGUUCUAUUGGAAAAUGGAGCAGUUUCAGAUAACCAGAUAAUCAUGGCGUACUCACAGGAAGCGACAAGCAAGAAGACAAGUAAACAAGGUCGCAAGGCCAGAGAUGACAUGGCAGAAAUGAAUAUACCACAAAAGGAUACGGAUGAUACAGAUCACUUACUAAUAGAUGAAGAAAGCAAAGGGGUGACAAUUCCAGAACUAAAUGAUGAAGAUGUUUUAUUUUGA